CAAAGGGGGAAAAGUCAUGCAGUCACUCUUGCGCGCAACAGAUAUUCACCGCAAAGUAUGUGAUUUACUGCAGUUCAUGUGUUAACCGAGAUUUUGUGUUCAAGAUUAGCCUACAAUAUGCCACCGAAAGCACAGUUUGCGUAAUAUUUUAUUCCGUGAACGUGAGGUGUUAGCUGCAGACGGAAUUUUCAAAGACAAUGCAGACGAGCAGAAGUUUGCGUCUCUUUUUGGCACUGACGUUGCCGUGCUGUUUCGUGGCGUCUGGACAAUAUCAAGGAGAUAAAGGACUCGCCGUCCCUGAUCAUGGAUUCUGUCAGCCAAUAACCAUCCCUCUGUGCACAGACAUCGCUUAUAAUCAGACUAUAAUGCCGAACUUGGUCGGACACUAUAACCAAGAGGAUGCGGGUUUGGAGGUCCAUCAGUUUUACCCGCUGGUCAAGGUACAGUGCUCUCCCGAACUCAAGUUCUUCCUGUGCUCCAUGUAUGCACCCGUGUGUACAGUUUUAGAGAAAGCCAUCCCUCCGUGUCGCUCCAUUUGCGAGAGGGCAAAGUACGGUUGCGAGGCCCUCAUGAACAAGUUCGGCUUCCAGUGGCCAGAGCGCCUGAGAUGUGAAAAUUUCCCCGUGUUGGGUGACGGACACAUUUGCGUCGGUCAGAACGACUCCACGGCCACAGUGUCGCCCGUUCGCAUGCCUGUUCCAGGAACACCCGGAGUUCAUCAGUACUCGACGCCGGACAAACCAUUCCGCUGUCCGUCAAUGCUCAAAGUACCGUCCUACCUCAGCUAUAAGUUCUUGGGUGAGUUGGACUGUGGUGCGCCAUGUGAGUCCUCUAAAACGCAGGGCGCCUAUAUGUUCUUCACGGACCAGGAGAUUGAAUUUGCCCGGAUUUGGAUCCUCAUAUGGUCCUCUCUUUGCUGUGCCUCCACGUUAUUUACUGUAACCACAUAUUUAGUGGACAUGCAGCGUUUUAAAUACCCAGAGCGCCCUAUUAUCUUCUUGUCUGGUUGCUAUACCAUGGUCUCCGUUGCAUAUAUUGCUGGCUAUUUCCUUGGGGAUAAAGUUCCGUGCAAUGAGAACUUUUCCCCGGAUGGCUAUAAAACCAUUGUUCAGGGUACAAAAAAGGAAGGGUGUACCAUUCUUUUCAUGAUGCUGUAUUUCUUCAGUAUGGCCUCAUCUAUUUGGUGGGUCAUCCUGUCUCUUACCUGGUUCCUGGCUGCGGGUAUGAAAUGGGGCCAUGAAGCUAUUGAAGCCAAUUCCCAGUACUUUCACCUGGCUGCCUGGGCUGUUCCAGCUGUAAAGACUAUAAGUAUUCUGGCCAUGGGUCAGAUUGAUGGAGACGUGUUAAGUGGUGUCUGCUUUGUGGGCCUGAAUAACCUGGAUCCAUUGAGGGGCUUCGUGCUGGCCCCCCUCUUCAUCUACCUCUUCAUCGGCACCUCUUUCCUCCUCGCUGGCUUUGUGUCGCUCUUUCGCAUUCGCACCAUAAUGAAGCACGACGGCACCAAGACAGAGAAGCUGGAGCGUUUGAUGGUUCGCAUAGGCGUCUUCUCGGUUCUCUACACCGUCCCGGCAACCAUCGUCAUCGCCUGUUUUUUUUACGAGCAAGCCUUUAGACAGCACUGGGAAAGGAGUUGGAUCAGUGCAAACUGUAAGAGCCUGGCCAUUCCCUGCCCCAUGCAGCCAGCUCCACACAUGACUCCCGACUUCACCGUCUUUAUGAUCAAGUACCUCAUGACUCUUAUUGUUGGAAUCACUUCAGGAUUCUGGAUCUGGUCUGGAAAGACGCUGCACUCUUGGAAGAAGUUUUACACACGUUUGACCAGCGGCGGGCAAGGCGAGACCACAGUGUAAAACAGUAGACUGUGAAUUCUUUGCACAUUCUUAAGUAAUAACUGACUUAAUUUCAGAAAUACAAACGGUUAAAAUCUCACAAAUAAAGUGCCUUCAUUUGUCAGUAUUUUGAAAGGAAUUAUGCCUAUAGCCUUGUUUCCAUAAGCACGGAAUGUCAGACCGUAUGAGACUUUUUGGUAAGUUUUUGGACUCAAGUGGAAAGCGAAGUGGUACAUAAGCCACUUGAUUUCUCCAAACAAACGUGGCCAAUUUGAUACCAAGUGCAGAAAUGUUUUCCACCCUAUUCUGUUG